AUGAACUCAUUCAACAGUUCUACAUCGUCGUUCAAAGCUUCAGAACAUCAAGCUGCGGGGCACGAUGGAUGCAUGACACUGGGCUCACUAUUUAUAAAACCCGCCACACGUCAGGAAUUGGACUUUUAUACGGAAACGUUGAGCCGAGAUGAUAUCAAAGAAGCUUCUGAAAAUGGAGUUGCACUAGGGUCCUUGCUCUCUCAUUGGAUGCCCACGUGUUUAGGCAGCUUACAAAAGAGAGACUUAUCAACAACUGAGGAAAAAAAGAAGACAUUGGUGCCUUCAACUUCGAAAGACAACACCCUCAUCAGCAAAGACAAAGAAUAUAUUGUGCUUCUGAAUUUAUAUCAUGGUUUCAAGAACCCAAGCAUUUUAGAUAUUAAACUAGGGUCUAAAUUGACUGAUGAUUCGGUAACACCGGAGGAAAAGAUCAAGCGAUUGCAACAGGUAAGUGAAUCCACAACAAGUGGGUCGCAUUCAUUUCGAAUAUGUGGGAUGAAGGUAUACAAUGGAAAGGACGAUGUCAUUAAACCAGAUGACCUCUUUCCAGGUAUGAAAGAUACGAUAACUAUAGAUAGCAGUGAAUCUAUGGAUGAGUCAUCUCACUCAAAGUCAUCGGAGAAGUAUUUGGUAUAUGACAAGAUUUUCGGUAGAUCGUUCAACACAAAUACUGUACAGCAAGGGUUGGAACUCUACUUUAAAACUAUAAUUCCAAAUAAAGACCACUUUAUUUGCCUAAUCACUAAUUUUAUCCACCGAUUGCAACUUUUAUACAACUGUUUGUUGGAUUAUGAAACACGACUGUAUUCAGCUAGUCUAUUGUUUGUUUAUGAAAGUGAUCCACACGCGUGGUCAAAGGUUAACUUGGGAAACUAUCAAAAGUAUGACCCUUUGAUCAAUGAAUUUGAAUUGAGUGAUGAUGAUGAAGAAGAUGACCAAUCUGAUGCAUCAGAAUCUGUCGACACAGAAGGGUUGAACAAUGUGGCAGAAGCUUACGAUAUAGUAAAACAAGCAAAUAUAGAUGGCCAGGAUGGAAGGAAAGAAACCCACACCCCAUUAAGCAGCUUACAUCUUAUAGACUUCGCUCAUUCGAAAUAUGUCGACGGUGCCGGAUAUGAUGAGAAUAUAAUUGACGGUGUGGAGAAUUUGAUAAAGACUUUUCAAAACAUCCAACGUACUUAUGAAGGAUAG